AAAUCGAAACCAGGUUUGGCAUCGUUCACAAUCGGUGUGUAGUGACAGAGUGUGAGAAGCGAAAGAGAAGAAGCGUUGAUUAGGGAUUACGAUGGCGCAUCAAGGGGAACCCGCCAAGCUCCGCUGGGGCGAGCUGGAGGAGGACGACGGCGAGGAUCUCGACUUCCUCCUGCCGCCGCGCCAGGUCAUAGGCCCCGACGAGAACGGCAUAAAGAAGGUUAUCGAGUACAAGUUCGACGAGGACGGAAACAAGAUCAAGAUCACCACCACCACGCGCACUCGCAAACUCGCCAACGCGCGCCUCAGCAAACGCGCCGUCGAGCGCCGCUCAUGGCCUAAGUUCGGUGACGCCGUCCACGAAGACGUCGGCAGCCGCCUCACCAUGGUCUCCACGGAAGAGAUUCUCCUCGAGCGCCCCAAGCCUCUUGGCUCCAAAGCAGAGGAACCAAAGACUGCUGGAGACCCAUUGGCUCAAUUUCAGAAGGGUGCUGUUCUUAUGGUCUGUAGGACUUGUGGGAAGAAGGGUGAUCACUGGACUUCAAGGUGUCCUUACAAGGAUCUUGCCCCACCAUCCGAGGGAUUCGUUGACAAGCCUGCGGCAUCAGAUGCUGCAACAGCCACUGCUGGUGCAACCAAGGGAGCAUAUGUGCCUCCUGGUUUGAGGGCAGGUGCAGAGAGGACUACUGGAUCAGAUAUGCGGCGUAGAAAUGAUGAGAAUUCUGUGAGGGUAACUAACCUCUCUGAGGACACAAGAGAGCCUGAUUUGCUAGAGCUGUUCCGUCCUUUUGGUCCUGUAAGCAGAGUUUAUGUUGCCAUUGAUCAGAAAACUGGCAUGAGCAGGGGAUUUGGCUUUGUAAACUUUGUUAACAGGGAAGAUGCUCAGAGAGCUAUCAACAAACUCAAUGGGUAUGGCUAUGACAAUCUCAUCCUUAGAGUUGAAUGGGCAACCCCGAGGGCAAACUAAAUGUUGUGCUUUUUGCCCCUUUAAAACGUUUUUGAAGGUCUAUCUAUUUUUGUAGUGAGUCCUGUACUAUUUGUUUCCUUUGAGAUGAUUUAAUAUUUAUAACUACACAUACAUUAAAGAUCUCAUGUUGGUUAUUGGUAAUCAGGUAUCAUCUACCCUUCUUCACUUUAUAAAGUAUUAUCCUAGCCUAGGGUUUUAUGCCAAAUCAA